UGAGAGGAGGCGGCCGGUGAACACGCUGUUAGAAUCGGAGUAUUGCGCCUGCGCAGGCUUUGUUGACAUCCGGGUAUUUUUUCAUUCUUCUUCUUCCGUCUCACGCUGGGCCAUGUCUCACGGGCACAGCCACGGCGGGGGCAGCUGUUGCCAUGGCGACGAUCCCGAAGAGCCUCCCGAGCGGCGUGGCCAGGCCUGGGGCCUUUACCUGCGCAUUGACCGCGAGCGGCUGGAGUGCCUGAACGAGCGCAGGGAGGGCAGCGGGAAGCUCGUCUUCCGUGCUUGGGAAGACCGCGGCGACCGUCAGCAGUUUGUUGAAAGUGACGACGAUGAAGAGCUUCUGUUUAAUAUUCCCUUUACAGGCAAUGUGAAGUUGAAGGGGAUAAUUGUGAUGGGAGAGGAUGGUGAUACUCAUCCGUCAGAAAUGCGGCUGUUUAAGAAUAUCCCCCACAUGUCUUUUGAUGAUGCUGCCAGAGAGCCAGAUCAGACAUUUAGCCUGAACCAUGAUGUUAUGGGAGAACUGGAGUAUCCUACCAAAAUUGCUCGAUUUUCAAGCGUUCAUCAUCUCUCAAUGCACUUCUCCAAGAACUUUGGUGCUGAGACGACAAAGAUCUUUUACAUAGGCCUGAGGGGAGAAUGGACAGAGGCUCACCGCCACGAAGUGACCAUCUGCAACUAUGAAGCAGCAGCAAACCCUGCCGACCACAGAAUUGAUCAGAUCACGCCGCAGACACACUUCAUUGCUUAACUUUGGAGGCUCAUACUGCACAACCGUUGUGUGAACUUGGGACACUUGCGGCGACAAGGAGUGUAAUAGCUUUCUUUUUGUGUGCAAGAGUUUUUUUGGAAAAGCAGGGUGCCAACAUUUGACGAUCGUGUCAAAAGCAAUUCCUGCUGCUGCCAAAAGGACAGUCACAGCUUAGAAGCUUGAAAGCACUGAGGAAUGGCUCCUUGCUGGUCUGCACAGCAGUCCUCUUGACUACAGAAUACCUUUCCAGGAGGCUGACUGUUUUCUCAGUCACUGAAUUGGCUGCUUAACUGCUGAUGAGCGUAUAUGAGGUGUUAGGCUAUUGGGCAACAACUUUGGAAUCAUUUGCAAAAUCUGAAGUUUAGUUCUGGUUUUGGAAUGUAAUGUGGGGUGGGGUGGGGGUGCGAUCUGUGACUUGCCUGACUGACUUCACAUGACCACACUUGGAAGUUAGUCAGGCCAGUCAUGCCUCUCUGUGGGCAUUUAUUCAGUGGGUUUUUGCUGAUGUCUGAUAGGUUCAGUUGUUUGCCUGAAACCUUGGGAGCUGAAGAGUUAGGAGAGUCUGUCUGUUGUAGGUGCGACUUUUUAACUAAGGUGGCUUGAUUGUUCUUUCCUACUCCCAAUAAAUAUGGCAAAAAAAAA